AUCAGUUCUGUCGUGAUCGUUGGUGUGUGUAAGAAACGGAUAUAAAAAAUUAAAUAAAAUAAAAAACAUAUGCGUAUCGUAUACAAAGACAUUUGAAACCGUUUCUAAGAGCAGGCAAGGAUUUUGAAAAACCUGCUCACCGCCACACGAUCACCACUCACUUAUGUUCGAAGUCAAAAAUAUUUGUAAAAUAAUAUAUGGAUAAAAAUAAUAAAUGCUGACGAGAGCUGCUACAACGAUCGUAUCGUUACUUAAAAUUACUGUGUCUGUGAAACACUAAUAUUACAAGCAAAGCUUAGAGGCUGCCAUUACAUGCAACAAGUGUUCGUGUUUAUAUCGUCCUUAAAUCUCUUGGAAAUUUUAUAAUUCUUUUGUAACAAUAAAUCGAAAAUUUCGAGUGGAUAUCAAAAUGGCCGAAAAGCGAAUUAGUUAACUGCAAUAAAUACAAGUUUAGAUGACACUGCCUAUAAACAAAGAUACCACGAGCAACGAAACUAAUCAACACUUCAUAAGAAGAAAAAAUUUAAAGCCAUUAGUUAAAAUUAAUUUUAUUGCGGUCGCAUCAUGAAACCUGGCGACCCCAUUCCCAAUGGUAUAUCGCCUAGCCCCAGCGGGGAUCACGAAGCCGAUUAUCAAUACCCCAACAAUAAUGAUCCAAACGUUAGAUAUGGUGGUGAGACACCCAACAUUCCUGAGACAGUUAAUGGGACCGUAGCAGGUGGAGGUGCUGGUGCUGGUGCUGCGGCAGCUGGUGGUGGCGGAAAUCAUCAAAAGACAACCUCGCAAAAGCAUAAACCACGCGGCAAUAAACAACCGGACAGACCAGAACGCGCUUUAUUUUGUCUGGGUCUUAAAAAUCCACUGCGUGCUGUUUGUUUAAAAAUCGUAGACUCAAAAAUAUUUGAGUAUUUUAUAUUGUUAACUAUAUUUGCGAACUGCGUGGCUUUGGCAGUUUAUACACCUUUUCCCGCUGGAGACUCCAACGAUACUAAUCAGUUUUUGGAAAACAUUGAAUCAAUUUUUAUGGUGAUUUUCACAUCGGAAUGUGCUAUGAAAAUAAUUGCUUAUGGCUUUUGCAUGCACAAUGGCUCGUAUUUACGUAACACUUGGAAUUUUCUGGAUUUUUUCAUAGUGGUUAUUGGCAUACUGAGCUCCUCUCUGUCGACGUUAAUGCAGGGCGUCGAUGUUAAAGCCUUACGAGCAUUUCGUGUAAUGCGGCCAUUGCGUUUGGUGUCGGGAGUGCCAAGCUUACAGGUGGUGCUGAAUUCUAUUUUGCGAGCCAUGAUACCACUUUUUCACAUCGCUCUCUUGGUGCUGUUUGUAAUUAUUAUUUAUGCAAUUAUAGGCUUGGAGUUGUUUAGCGGUAAACUAACCAAAACCUGCCGAAAUAUAGAAACUGGCGAUUAUUUAGCUGACGUAGACGAGGUUCAUCCAUGCGGAAUAGGUUUUCAAUGCCCUGAAGGUUUCGCCUGCUAUGAUGGCUGGAUUGGUCCGCACUGGGGUAUCACGAAUUUUAACAAUUUCGGUCUUUCCAUGCUUACCGUAUUUCAAUGCAUCACAUUGGAAGGAUGGACAGAUGUCCUUUACGAUAUACAAGAUGCCAUGGGAUCUUCUUGGCAAUGGAUUUAUUUUGUUUCUAUGGUUAUAUUGGGUGCUUUUUUCGUUAUGAAUCUUAUUCUUGGUGUACUGUCCGGUGAAUUUUCUAAAGAACGUAAUAAAGCGAAAAAUCGUGGCGAUUUUCAGAAAUUACGUGAAAAACAACAAAUCGAGGACGAUCUUAAAGGUUAUUUGGAUUGGAUAACGCAAGCCGAAGAUAUUGAGCCCGAUACCGAAGGUCAAUUAAUUGCGGAUACUAAGGGUACGACAGCCAACGAAAUGGACUCCACCGAGCAAUUGGGUGAUCCAACCGAAUUGCAAGUAACUGAAUCAUGGUUUGCUAAAAAAAAGAAAAGUUUCGAUCGCGUUAAUCGUCGCGUACGUAGGGCUUGUCGAAAAACUGUCAAAUCUCAAGCCUUCUAUUGGUUAAUUAUCAUAUUGGUAUUCUUAAACACCGGCGUCUUGGCGACAGAACAUCAUGGCCAGCCAGUUUGGCUGGAUGAAUUUCAAGAAUACACAAAUAUUUUCUUUAUUGCCUUAUUUACCUGUGAGAUGAUCUUGAAAAUGUAUAGCUUGGGCUUUCAAGGUUAUUUUGUAUCGCUGUUCAAUCGAUUCGAUUGCUUUGUAGUUAUCGGUAGUAUUACGGAAAUGGUUUUAACCGGCAGCGAAAUAAUGCCACCACUCGGUGUAUCCGUGUUACGUUGUGUACGCUUGCUAAGAGUCUUCAAAGUGACAAAAUACUGGCGCUCAUUGUCAAAUCUGGUUGCUUCUCUACUAAAUUCCAUACAAUCGAUUGCUUCAUUGCUGUUGCUAUUGUUUCUAUUCAUUGUGAUUUUCGCUCUAUUGGGUAUGCAAUUAUUUGGCGGUAAAUUCACUACUAUUAAUAAGACCGAAGACAAGCCACGCUCGAAUUUCGAAACGUUCCUCAAUAGCUUAUUAACGGUAUUCCAGAUAUUAACCGGUGAGGAUUGGAAUGCUGUCAUGUAUGAUGGUAUACGAGCACAUGGUGGCGUAUUUUCUUUCGGCAUUUUGUUUUGCGUUUACUUUAUUAUACUUUUCAUAUGCGGUAAUUAUAUAUUAUUGAAUGUGUUCUUGGCCAUUGCUGUCGAUAAUUUAGCCGAUGCGGAUUCAUUGACAACUGUGGAGAAAGAAGAAGGCGAACCCGUCGAUGAAGCAGAAAUGAAUAAAUCUCAUAGUCCCACACCGACAUUAGAGGAAGAUGACGAAAUGGCUGAUGAUACACGCAUUGAUAUGAGCGAUCAGGAAAUGAAUGAGAAUAAAUUAGAUGAUGGGACUUUUUGUGAAGACGAAAUGUUAGAGGGUGAUCCCGAGUUAUAUGAGGAAGAACAAGAUGCAAGUAUAUACGAUGAUUCACCCCGAGUUACAGCACGUCCCCGUCGUCUCUCCGAAAUGAGCUUUAAGAAGGUCACCAAGCCCAUACCAAAAGGAAGUUCAUUUUUUAUAUUUAGUCAUACUAACAGAUUUCGCGUGUUCUGUCAUCGCUUGUGCAACCACAGCAGCUUCGGAAAUUUCAUCUUAUGCUGCAUUAUGUUUUCAUCGGCUAUGUUAGCAGCUGAAGAUCCUUUAAGAGCGGAUUCAAGUAGAAAUCAGGUUUUAAAUAAAUUUGAUUAUUUUUUCACAUCCGUUUUCACCAUUGAAUUGCUGCUUAAGUUGAUAUCCUACGGUUUUGUCCUGCAUGACGGAGCCUUUUGUCGUUCGGCAUUCAAUUUAUUGGAUUUACUGGUCGUUUGCGUCAGUCUAAUAUCAAUGGGAUUCAAAGAGAGUGCGAUUUCAGUUGUGAAGAUCUUACGUGUUUUAAGAGUCUUAAGGCCAUUACGUGCCAUCAAUCGUGCUAAAGGUUUAAAGCAUGUAGUUCAAUGUGUAAUUGUUGCUGUAAAAACUAUUGGAAAUAUUGUGCUAGUGACAUGCCUUCUGCAGUUCAUGUUUGCCGUUAUAGGAGUCCAAUUAUUUAAGGGUAAAUUUUUUCAAUGCUCGGAUGGCUCCAAAAUGUAUGAAGAAGAUUGCCACGGUACAUAUUUGGUCUAUGAAAACGGUGAUGUGAAUAAACCUCGCCUGGAGCAACGCGAGUGGAAGAAUAAUCGCUUUCAUUUCGAUAACGUAGCGAAAGCUAUGUUAAGUUUAUUUACCGUAACUACUUUUGAGGGUUGGCCCGAUCUACUAUACGUUUCCAUUGACUCGAAUAAAGAAAAUGGUGGCCCCAUACACAAUUUUCGCCCGAUAGUAGCCGCUUAUUAUAUUAUUUACAUUAUUAUUAUUGCGUUUUUUAUGGUUAACAUAUUCGUUGGUUUCGUGAUUGUUACAUUCCAAAAUGAGGGUGAACAAGAAUAUAAGGAUAUAGAAUUGGAUAAAAAUCAACGAAAUUGCAUAGAGUUUGCAUUAAAAGCUAAACCGGUACGACGUUAUAUACCGAAAAAUGGCACACAAUACAAGGUGUGGUGGUUUGUCACAUCUCCCUCGUUUGAAUACUUGAUAUUUGUAUUGAUUAUGAUUAACACGGUAACAUUGGCCAUGAAAUUCCACAAACAACCGGAAUUCUACACGGAAUUAUUGGAUGCUCUGAAUAUGAUAUUUACGGCGGUAUUUGCUUUGGAAUUUGUCUUUAAAUUAGCAGCAUUUCGCUUUAAGAAUUAUUUUGGUGAUGCUUGGAAUACUUUUGAUUUUAUAAUCGUUCUGGGUAGUUUUAUAGAUAUUGUUUACAGUGAAAUUAAGAAUAAAGAAGACGCUCUAACAGCCGCUUGUGAUGUGGUUCAAGGAUGCAAAAGUAAAGCUAAGGGUGGAUCUACACUUAUUUCAAUAAAUUUCUUCCGUUUGUUUCGCGUAAUGCGUUUAGUAAAGUUGCUAUCGAAAGGUGAAGGUAUCCGCACUUUACUAUGGACUUUUAUAAAAUCAUUUCAAAGUCUGCCUUACGUUGCUCUACUUAUCGUAAUGCUAUUUUUCAUUUAUGCAGUAAUCGGUAUGCAGAUUUUUGGAAAAAUCGUUUUGGAUGAUGACACUACCAUCCAUCGCAACAAUAAUUUUCAAUCAUUUCCUCAAGCCCUAUUGGUAUUAUUCCGUUCGGCUACCGGCGAAUCUUGGCAAAAUAUUAUGAUUGAUUGCUCGCCAAGAGAAGAAGUGAAAUGCGAUCCACUUUCGGACGCAAAGGGUGACUGUGGUUCGGCUAUUGCCUUCCCUUACUUUAUAUCAUUCUAUGUUGUCUGCAGUUUUUUGAUUCUUAACUUGUUUGUGGCCGUUAUUAUGGAUAAUUUUGAUUAUUUAACACGCGAUUUUUCUAUAUUGGGUCCACAUCAUUUGGAUGAAUUUAUACGUCUUUGGUCCGAAUAUGACCCGGAUGCUAAAGGUCGCAUUAAACAUCUAGAUAUAGUUACGUUGUUGAGAAAAAUAUCUCCACCUUUGGGAUUCGGUAAAUUGUGUCCACAUCGUACGGCCUGCAAGCGUCUGGUGUCUAUGAAUAUGCCUUUAAAUUUGGAUGGGACAGUUUUAUUCAAUGCCACACUUUUCGCCGUGGUACGUACUUCGUUAUCAAUUAAAACCGAAGGUAACAUUGAUGACGCCAACACCGAGCUGAGAGCGAUAAUCAAACAAAUUUGGAAACGUACUAAUCCUAAGCUAUUAGAUCAAUGUGUACCGCCACCCGGCAACGAAGACGAGGUUACUGUCGGCAAAUUUUAUGCCACCUACUUAAUCCAAGACUAUUUUAGACGAUUUAAAAAACGCAAGGAAAUGGAAGGCCGGGAAGGUCAAAUUGAUAGCGAUGAUACUGUUACAUUGCAAGCAGGUCUACGAACAUUGCACGAAGUAUCGCCAGCCUUGAAGAGAGCAAUCUCGGGUAACUUGGACGAAUUAGCUGAGGAACCGGAACCUAUGCAUAGGCGGCAUCAUACACUUUUUGGCAAUGUUUGGUCUUCAUUACGUCGACACGGUGGUUCAAAACCGGGUAAAAUCAACCGCAAUUUAGCUCUUGGUAGCGCCUCUGAAGGCGUACGAUCCGAUAUUUCAAAUAUGGGCUCCGAUUAUAUAUACGACUCGAUACAUUGUAGCGUAGCGGAUGGCAUUGAUAAUCUGACUAGAAAUCUUAUGCAAACGCGGCCUGGUGGUGGCAAUGAAUUGCGAACCUUUAACGAAACAAUGAGUAUGCGCCCUCUUAUGAUGAAGAGUCUCGGCAAUAAUGCACCAACUUACGAAAGUGUGCUUAGCGACAACUCGCAACGCAGUAAUCUAUUGCAUCCUUACAAUAAUGUGAAUGGUACCCUACGCAAUCAAGAUCGUUUAUUGCACCCCAGUUCCCCUAAUUCAUAUUUGGCAGUCCCAGCACGCGUGCCUACUUCAUAUGAAGUCAAUGGCUUGGCCGAGAGUCUGGUCGGGGGGGUCCUCGUCGCUGAAGGUCUAGGUAAAUACUGUGAUUCAGAAUUUGUCGGCUCCGCAACGCGAGAAAUGCAAGAAGCUCUUGAUAUGACACCGGAAGAAAUGAAUUUGGCCGCUCAUCAAUUAUUAAACAGCGGCAACGUUUUGAGCGAUAUGAUGCCCACAUCACCUGCCACAUAUGCACCAAUUCAUUUACGUACAAUUACAGGAUCUACCGCCACUACUACUCGCCCAAAUCCAGCAACAUUAUCUCCGCCCUCCAAAACGACAUUUGCAAACAAUCGCAAUUUCAAUUCAUAACGAAGAAAGAUAGAACUGUUUUUUUUCAUACCUGAAAAUCAAAUCAAAUUCAGAAUCA